AUGACAAAUAACAAUGGUCGAAAGCGCGGCGCAGUCCUGGAGGAAUGGUUGCUGCGGAAGUUUCCUGAAUUAUACAGCAAGUCGCAUAAUUUGGGGAGCACAAGUGUACUAACAAAUGAUGUCGAAAAUCAACCUCUCAAUUUGGUAAAACGGAGCAGGCGAAAUGUAGAAGUGAAAAAUGAAACACCAAUAGUCUAUACCGGUUGUACAGGUCGUCUUUGUCCCGAAACAUUACGAGCAAACAGAUAUAAUCGCGUGUCUGUUCAACGUUCAGAUUCAAAACAGGACAUUAUCUCAAGUGAAUAUUAUGAACUACCGAAAGAAGAUCUGUUUAAUCUGAAAAAUGAGCACUUGUCAAAACAAGUGGAAAACAGAUAUCACAAGGAAUUAAAAUCACACAUGGACGGUGUUGAAACUGAUAAACCUGUCAAUUUGUCUUUGUCUAAAAGACGGGAAACAAUCUAUGUGGAAUGGAAUGAAGAUGAAAGCAAAACAUUGCCGGUGUCAAAUUAUGAAGGGAGAAGACAUGUAGACAACAAUGAAGAUGUCAGGAACAGCAAUUCUGUGAUAAUGGGUGCCAAUUAUAGAAGUAUGUACAAACUGCAAAAUAAUGAUAAGCGAAUUAGUGGGAAUAUCUGUUCGUUCGCUGCAAAUAAGCAAAUUGCAAAACGUUUAACAACUAAAUUAAAAAAGCAUAACGAUGCGGCUUACUAUCCGAAUAUUCAAUGCUUACUUUGCCGAGAAUGGGUGUGUUCCAGAAACAGGUAUAUGCACGUCGAAUCGCAUCUACAGUACCGCCCAUAUAAAUGCAGUUUUUGUGGAUACGAUAAUCGAAAAGAGAUAUUUAUUAUGCUGCAUAUCAAAAAAGUGCAUGGUGGCAGAGCUGAAGUUAUCCGGGAUAUAAAUACUGAACUGGAACAUGAGGCAUGGAAAAUUGCAGAACGAUGUGUUGAACAUACUCGAGAUGUGUUGAAGCGUGCAUAUCAGGAAGCUGUUCAAGAUGAUGAAGCAUCCGCAUCUUCGAAACCCAGCAGUUUUGUCAAAGUUGAAGAGGCAUUGCUUAGCAAAUAUUCUACACAGUAUCGUCCAAAGUUGUACAACAUACAACGAGCAGAAAAAAGUCUAAUUAUCGAAGAUUCAUUGAAAAUGGGCAUUGUACCUAACUUUAAUGAAGUUUCAAAUCAUGAAAUUAAAUGUCAGAUCUGUAAUGGUUUUGUGAUUUCACUUGUAACGGUUAUGGAAGAACAUACUCGAUCACACCUAACGCAGCCAUCUUACCGUUGUUCUGUUGGACAUUGCACACUGAAGCAUCAUUCAAAAAAUUUCUUAACACGACACAUGAAGGAAGUUCACAAGUAUAAGCAGACUCCAACAGAUAUCAUAGAAUUGGAUCCAUCUCUGAAAAAAGAGUUUUGCAGAAUCGCAUCUCGAUGUUUUCCCAAUCAUUUUUCGGAUCAUUUUUCUUCAUUUCAUAUUUUUCGGCGAUCAGUAUCACAGUCUCCAUUAUUGGAAUCAUUAACAGAAACAAACUGGUGUAUUCCAUCUACCUGUUCUGUUCCUUCAGUUAUGCAAAAUACUGCCUUAUCGAUGUCAACUUUAACGUCCACGUUUGAAACGUUCAGUUCUCCAAGUCCUAAACCAACAUCAUCACUACUUACAGCUAUACUUCCCUUGAAUUUGACGCUUCAAACUUCAGCACCAUCCAGUGAUGUUGCGCUGCUGCUUCCAACGGCUCCUAUUCCUUCGAGAGAUACACCUCAUUUCAAUGAUCCAAUGGGCAUGUCUAACUUUCCAGUAACCAAUCUUGAAUGUCAACCAUUUGUUUUCCAUGAAGAAGAACAUAGUUCGUCAAAUUGCAUAACAUUAACCAAUCUUCUAGCAGCUGCACCAAAAAAUAGUCCUUCACAGACACGUGUACAAUCAAUAAUAUAUCCACCGACACCACGGAAAACCUGCAGCUUUUGCCAAGAAGUAUUCGAGGGUGAAUAUUUAGUCCUGUACAAACAUGUCAAGCAGCAUUUAAGCUUACUACCUUAUGAAUGUUCGGUAUGCAAAUUCGCCCAUGUGGACAGGGUAACUAUCCAGGACCAUAUUUCUCACUAUCACUUGCAAGCUACUCUUGUUGACAGAAUGACAGACUCAGUAUCUCGACAGUGUUCUGCACUGUUUACAGCCUGCUUUCCGGAUGUCCCGCUGCAACCAUUAUUGCAUGACACUGUACAAAAAUGA